AUGCCCAACAUUCCCAAAGCUGUCCAUCCUUUCUAUGACCCGGAGCCUGGUGCUCCACCACCCUUCCCUCCCAUGCUCACGGACCAACUUGAGCUUUUUGGAAAAGAUCAUUGUCGCCCAAUGACACUGGUCGCCGAUGAAAUCCUAGUUCCUAAAGUGAACAUUGUUGCCCCAACUACAAGGGCAUCGUCCACACCCACCCCCGAGUUCAGACUUGCAAAGCAGUCACUCAAACAUUCUGAUCAUGCUUCCUCUCUAUACCUGAGGAAGGUUGCUUUGACAUGUUCCCAUUCUCGAACACCUAUGCCCUCAGAUUCAGAGGGCUCUUUGAAUUCCUUGUUGGACAGUGGCUCCUCGGUUUCAAGCAUAAAUUUAUUGGAAGACUCAAAAAUUCCUAAACCUGUCGUUGAACCUGGACGUCCAGGGUGUGGAGGGUAUACACUUUAUGAGGCUUUAGAUUGGAAUCCAAAGGCAUAUGCAAAGUUCAAGAAAUAUAUGCAUCACCUUAUUGAUGACCACCUUGACAUGACAAAAUGUGCUUCUGCUCAAAGUCCAACACUCUUGCAAGCUGUGUGCAACAAGGCUCUCGACAAAUUCCCAGACCUCGAGAACUACAGCAACUUAUGGCCAGUCAACGAUGUGAUUAUGACAUGCCUGAAAUACACGUCCUGUCGCGCUUAA